AUGGCUACUUAUCAGAAACCAUUUAAGGCAACCAGCUUGCCAGCACUGGUUGCGCAAAUUAUGAAGGGAGAGUUCGAAGACUUGCCUUCUGGAUAUAGCCCCGAGUUAACUAACUUAGUUAAAGGACUGUUAGAAGUAGACAUUGCCAAAAGAGCAUCUGCCUCAGAAACAUUCUAUAAUUUAAUACCUCAAGUUUAUAAAAAAUUAGGAAAUGAAGGACAUGUUUAUGUUGGCACCCCACUUCCCAUGUUAAGUAAAGAUGACAUUUUACCAAGCUCCAGAAAAAGAUCAAUUUUAUAUCAACUAAAAUCCUGCAGAAAUAAUACAAUACUAAAACCCAUACCUUUGCCAGCUGCAAUUCAAAUAAAAGCAGUUUCUGUUAGCACAACACAUUUUAUUUUGGUAACAGAAGAUGGAAUGUGUUAUUCAUGGGGUAAAAAUUCGUAUGGGCAAUUAGGACAUGGAGAAACAUCUACAUGGAAUCAAUAUCCACAUAUUGUCAAGGCAUUUGAUUCUCUCAAGAUAAAUAAUGCUUGUGCAGGUUGCGAUUUCAGUAUAUUUUUAACAAAUACUGGUCACCUUUAUAGCUGCGGUAGUGGUUCAUUUGGCUGUUUAGGUUUAGGAGAUCCACAAAAUUAUGUUUUACCGACAUUAAUUAACCUCGAAAAUAUAGUUAUCAUAAAAAAUGGGCCACAUCAUGUUGUUGCCUUAGAUAAUAAUAAUAAUAUAUUCACUUGGGGCAAAGGUUUUGGUGGUGCGUUAGGAUCUGGAGACGAAAUGAAUAGAUAUACACCUAUUAAAAUCCAGUUAGAUCUCAAUCAGGAAAAAAUUGAAAAUAUAUUUUGUGGCUACCAAGUUUCAGCCUUUCUUUUAUCAAACGGAACUGUUAUGAUAUGUGGCUGCAACACUGCUUAUAAAAUUGGGAUUUUAAAUUCUAACGUGGAUAAAAUUUUAAUACCUGAAGUAAUAAAUGUUGAUUACAAAGUUAAUUAUGUAUCAUUUGGUGAAGCUCACACAGCAAUGAUUGUGGAAGGUGGCUAUGUUAUUAUGUUUGGAGAAAAUAAAAAUGGCCAAUUAGGUAUUGGUAGUGUUGGAAAAAUAAAUAAACAAAAACCAGUUCUGGUGAAAAAUAUAAGUGAUAGAUUUAUAACGCAUGUAGAAUGUGGUCCAAAUUAUACAAUCUGCGUUUGUGAAAACCAGUGCAUAAGCAUUUGGGGAGUAAGACAUACUGGGCCAAGAUCCAAUUAUAAAGAACCAGUUACUGCAAAUUUGGGUACAAAAUCUUUUGCAUACUAUUUGACUGAACUAAAUAGCACAGAAAUACUAACUGAACCAGAAGAUAUUUUGGUGCUCUUUGCCUCAGAAAGUCAAAUUGAAAAGGAUAAUAUACUGACAAUAUCAGGAAUCUAUCCGUUGCCACACAGCAUAUUAAUUGCUAUAAGCACUACUGCAGGUUUAGAUACAACCUAA